AUGACGAAUGAUAAGGUUGUUAUUCUUAGAUAUGCGCGCGACGGUGCCGAGUUCUUGAUCUUCGCACUAGCUUCGUCCCGCCCCGUUGUCUACGAUGCGACAUGCUUGUUCCAGGAUAUGGGCGUCUCGCUGGAUUUCAUGUUGAUGUUUUGUGUGUCAUUCGGUUGGUUAGGAGUGUCUUUCGACACACAACCAUCAGAUUGUGGAUGA